ACACCACAGAAGAAGAAGAAGCAGCUUCACAGUAUUAAUCGUGAUGGAGUUUAAUGAUGCAGGUCGAGGUGGUUGGAAGUCUCAUCAGCAGAGUAAACUGACAGUGAUCAUGAAACAGGAAGAGCUGAUCGCUCAGAAGAAGAGAGAGAUUGAAGCUAAACUGAAAGAAAAGAAACAGAAACUGAACCAGAAACAGAGCGAACCCUGCAGCUCUUCACCCCCACAGGCAUCUUCAUCUUCGUCGUCAUCUUUAUUAUCAUCAUCAUCAAAUAAGUUUGUGAAUGACGGCAGUUUCCUGCAGCAGUUUCUGCUGAUGCAGCGAGAGAAGAGCGGCACAGAUGCAGGAUCUAAAAGUGAGUCCCCUGGCCCCGCCCCCUCCGCUCAGAGCCUGCCAGCGGCCGCAACACCCGCGCAGAAAAAGAGCAUUCUGAUUGGCAAACGGCCGGGGCUGGGCAUUGGCAGCAUGAUCAGUCAGUUUAAAAACUACUCGCAGUCCAAGAAGACGCCGCUCGCCGCCGCUCGCCCCAGCGUGUUCUGCUCACCCGACGAUGAAGACGAGGAGGAUGAAGCACACUAUCUGGAGGUCAAAGUUUCCCCCCCAGAGGAUGAAGAUCUGUGCCUCAUCAUCGACAAGAUGGCCUCGUUCGUAGCUGAAGGAGGGGCUGAGCUGGAGAAGAAAGCCAUGGAGGACUACAAAGAUAAUCCCAUGUUCUCAUUCCUGUUUGAGAGGAGCGGUAAAGAGUUUCUGUACUACAGGAAGAGAGUGGCAGAAAUCAGGAAGCAGACCUCAGCACAAUCUGAUGUCUCCUCCUCAGUGGACGAGAACACCAGGAAGGUGGCAGAGAAACUGGCGCGCUUCGUAGCAGACGGCGGGACGGAGGUGGAGAUCAUGGCAGCUGAACACAACCGGGACAAUCCUGCCUUCAGUUUCCUGUACGAGUAUCAGAGCGCCGCUCAUCGCUUCUAUAAAGCCAAAGUGGACGAGUUCCGUCAGUGUAAAUCCAGCAGCGAGUCUCAGACGCAGGAGGACACGCCCCCCACCACAGCCAAGAGGAAGAGGAAGAGCCGCUGGGGCGCUGAAGAUGAUAAAGUGGAGCUGCCGCCCCCUACAGUCACCAACCAUCACAUCACUGAACAGGAGAACAACACCCCUGUACUCACCGAUCAGGAGCUGAGCAGUCUGGGAUAUAAGAAGGGGAAGCCGGUGGGUUUGGUGGGAGUGACUGAACUCUCAGAUGAUCAGAAGAAACAACUCAAAGAACAACAGGAAAUGCAGGAGAUGUACGAUAUGAUCAUGAAGCACAAGCGAGCGAUGCAGGACAUGCAGCUGAUGUGGGAGAAGGCCAUCAAAAACCAUCAGCACGAGUACGACAGCGAUGAAGAGGUCGAUCAAGAGGCCGGAACCUGGGAACAUCGACUCCGACAGAUGGAGAUGGAGAAGACCAGAGAGUGGGCGGAGCAGCUGACAGAUAUGGGCAAAGGGAAGCAUUUUAUUGGGGAUUUCCUGCCACCUGAUGAGUUGGAGAAGUUCAUGGAGACGUUUAAAGCGCUGAAGGAGGGCAGAGAUCCCGACUACUCGGAGUAUAAAGAGUUCAAGCUGACGGUGGAGAACAUCGGCUUUCAGAUGCUCAUGAAGAUGGGCUGGAAGGAGGGUGACGGUCUCGGCUCAGACGCACAGGGCAUCAAGAACCCAGUGCACAGAGGCUCUACGGCAGUGGACGGCGCAGGGUUCGGAGUGGACAGACCAGCUGAACUGAGUAAGAGUGAUGAUGAAUACGAUGCGUUCCGUAAGAGAAUGAUGCUGGCGUAUCGAUUCAGACCAAACCCUCUGAAUAAUCCCAGAAGGCCGUACUACUGAUCACAGCAUUGUUUGAUCUCAACUCUUUUCUUGUAUCAGGCAGAUUUAUGUGCUUUUCCCCCCAGAAAUCUUUCUUUUGAAAUGAGACUGUAGCCGCUGUCACAGACCCUUAAAGCCCUACAGUGAAGAUUUACUUAUAUUAGGUUAUUCUGAAGCUUCCAAUAUAACCAGCUGUGUAAUAUAAUAUUAAACCCAAUGCAAGUUCCUGAAUUUUAUGUGUUUUAUGGGAUAAUGAGGCACAGAUAAGACAGAUGAAUCCUCUCAUGACUCCUUUUAAGUGCACAAACUGUCUCGUGAGUUUUAGACAUGUCAUACGGUCAUACACACGUGUCAUACUGGUGAUCUAUUAAAUGUCUGUGAUCCUCAAACUCUCUGUGUGUGUUUGCUUGAUUUUAAUAAACCUCUUAAUG